AUUCGCGCUGUGUCUGGAACUGAAGCUUCUCAUCUUGUCAUAGCAGAAGCACUGCUCUCCUGGUGACAGCUACUCUGGAUCCAUCUGAAUGAGCAAAGAAUGAAAAAAGAAGACCAUUUUUACUGCACGGACGGCGCAGAAAAGUAACAAUAACGAUAUUGAGAUGAAGAAAGACAUCGAGACUAUAAUAGCAGAGGAACGUGCUGACAUCAUCUCUAAGUAUGACAAGGGCAGGCAGGAGGGGGCGCACAUCGACCCCUGGGAAGAUGCUGGCUACAGCAUCUACAAGGUCACGGAUCGCUUCGGCUUCCUGCAUGAAGAAGAGCUGCCCAUCCCCGGUGCACUGGAGGAGAAGCAAAAGCAGCAGGAGAUGGAGCGUGUGCAGAAGUGGCUGAAAAUGGUGCAGAAAUGGGACAAAUAUAGGAACAGUGAGAGGAUGUCACGCAGGGUGUAUAAGGGGAUUCCUCUGCAGUUGCGAGGGCAGGCUUGGUCCCUGCUGCUGGAUGUGGAGAAGGUGAAGAACGACAACAAGGGGAAGUAUGAGAAAAUGAAAGAACAAGCCAGAAACUACUCCACCGAAAUCAAACAGAUUGACCUUGAUGUAAACAGGACCUUUCGAAACCAUAUCAUGUUUAUGGAUCGCUUUGGAGUCAAGCAGCAGGCCCUGUUCCACGUGCUGGCGGCCUACUCCGUUUACAACACGGAGGUGACUUACUGCCAGGGGAUGAGCCAGGUGGCUGCCAUCCUGCUAAUGUACCUGAAUGAGGAGGAUGCUUUCUGGGCCCUGUCCCAGCUACUGACCAACCACAAACAUGCCAUGCAUGGGUUCUUUAUUCCUGGAUUUCCUAAACUUCAUAGAUUCCAGGCCCACCAUGACCAGAUCCUCUCCAAACUGAUACCCAAACUGAAGAAGCAUAUGGAUAAGGAGCAGAUGUCCACUGGGAUUUACACGCCCAAAUGGUUCCUGCAGUGCUUUGUCGACAGGACUCCAUUCACAUUGACCCUGCGCUUGUGGGACAUCUACAUUCUGGAAGGAGAGAAGAUUCUCACCGCCAUGGCCUACACCAUCCUCAAACUGCACAAGAAGCAGCUGCUCAAGAUGUCGCUGGAGGACCUGCGGGAGUUCCUGCAGGAGAGCAUCGCCCGCACCCUGUCCCUGAGCGACGACGCCGUGGUGGAGCAGCUGCAGGCGUCCAUGUCCGAGCUGCGCAAGACGAAGCUGGACCUGCCGCCCCCCGCCAAGUCUGACGAGCUGCCGAAGAAGCCGCUGGGCGUGGAGCGGCCGGUGCUGGUGACGGCCGCCAAGCCCCACGGCUCCGUCAGCCAGAGUCACGUGACCCACAACCAGGAAGUCAUCGAGCUGGACGAGAGCCCCACGCCGAUCACCCCGCAGGACCAAGAGCCGCCCAGCGAGGGGGGCUCCCCUCCCGCGCCGUCCCCCGACCUGGUGCUGGUGCACAGCCGAGACCCCCAGACCCCUGAGGGGGUACUGCCCAGUACCCUGACCCCCCCCGAGGAACCCGAGCACUCCGACUCCGGCUCCCCAGGCCGUGAGGGAGUCUGUCCCCAGCUGGAGCAGGGGGGCGGGGCUGAACCACAGGGGGGCGGGGCUGAAUUGCAGGUGAGGGGGGGCAUCGAGCGCGUGGAGGGCGGGGACAUCCCGACGCCCCCUGAGACUGACGCCCUGGCCCCGGCCCCUCAGCUGCACCCUGCGGGGGAGCCCGCAGAAACGUCCGCCCCCCCGAAUCUGCCCCAGGUGCCGAGCAAAUUCCCCAUGACCCUGUCGCUGCCCCCCCUGGCCAGCAGCGAGCGCCGCCCCUCCAACACCUCCCAGUACGACAACCUGUCAGAGGGGGGGGGCGAGGAGGAGCUGCAGGAGACGCCCCACUUUGCAGGCACCCCGGACACGCCCGACCCCCCGUCUUCACCACCACCUCCACCUCCACAGGCCUUCCUUAAACCAAAGCCGGCCCCCUGCCCCUCCUCUCCCACCCCUCUCCAGCAGCAAUCAGAGCAGGACCGUUCAGAGGAGGGGGUGACCGAUUCCGCCGAACCCCCAAACGAACCGUCCUGUGAGAAAGAAGAGCAGGGCGUGACCCUGGACAGGAGCAGUGCUGUGCUGACUGACAGCCUCACAGGCAACACUGCCCAGGGGGAGCCUUCUGCCUCCCCGACCCCCACACACACUGUCCAAUCACAGCCAGGGUUCCACCUAGACCCCUCCCCCAGCCAACAACUGCCCAAAUCCAUCACAUUUUAAGACGUGAACCUUCCCUUUUUUCUAGAAAGCCAUUGCAGCGUGCCAUGUAGUCCAUCUUUUUCUUCUUUUUCUGAGUUUUCUUUUCCACAAGUUGUGUCUUCACUGUCGGGGCCAUUGAGGUUUCCUGACAAAAGAGUCGGGAACAGAGGUCUCGAUACGCUGAAACGCCAGAAAAGCACGAGGACAGUCGCCGAAGAGUGCCAAUCAAACCUCACCUGCUGUGCUAGCACCGCCCUGAUGCUCGGAGGAGGCCCAUGUAUCGCCCGUCUCUGAGCGCCUUAAAAAGAACUUUGUUUUUUCUUAGGAGAGUAUUUCUGUACUGUAAGAAUCUUAAGACCCUUCCCAGGGUGCCAGAUCAAAGUGUUUUGAGCGUUUUCUUAACCGCAUAGUGUACAUUCCUUUUUUUCUACUUACGAUUUCGUAAUGUCUAGAUAUUAAUAUACUGCUUAGAUUUAGUAUAUUUCGUCUAAGAUUCUAGUGUGACUCUUAUCAAAUAGUGGAAAUAGUUUCUUUAGAGGCAGAUCAUGUGUGAUCACAAUUCUUAAUUGCAGCAGAUCCAUUUUUAGUUGUUCUCUCUUUCCUUUUCCAAGAACAGAUUGUGUCUUUCUUCAUGCAGCGUCCCAUGUCCCACUUUGUGCAAUAGGACAGCCUGUGAAGUGAGUGAUGCUGUAUGUGAAGUCAGUGUUUGGCAAUGCGUCCUCUGUAAGGGUGACCAUGGUCUUUGUGGGCAAAACAGUGAGCAUUACUUUAGCCUAAAACAUUUUCAAACAGGAGCAGGAAAUGCCCCACUGAUUUUAUUUUAAAUAUAUCUUAAUGAUUUUGUCAUCUUCUGAAAUAACCUUUAUAUAUGAAGCUGUAAAAGCUACUUCAAAUCAGUUUAUUGUCACUUUUAUGAAAAUGCAGCAAUAAUGUACAUUUCAUUUGAAGUAGAUUAAAGUUUACAAAGAUUUAAUAAGAACUGCAUAAAAAAAAAAUAGAGAGCAAUAGCAUUAGAAGUUUAACAGAACUGGUCUAAAUGCUCACAUUUUUACAAGUGGGAGACGGUCAUGCCAUUUCAGAUUCAACAUCGCCAUCUGGUGGUGCGAUUGUGCUUUGCGUCAUGUUCUCUUUACCAGCAGACCGGGAUUUCAGUGUUCAGCGUUAAUACUGCGUUUAGUUCAAAAAAUGAAGUUUCUUGUUUUGUAAUCCAGAGAGCGAGUUGUUUUGAGAUGGAAACCUGUCUUCAGUGACAAACUGUUGACACCCUUGUAUAAAGAACAGGCUAAAUUAGGAAGCACACACACACAACAGCUCAGGAAUAAAAAUAAACCAGUUUUUAUCUCAUAAUAAUAGUAUAGCUGCGCUAUAGGAUUUGAAAACAAUGUAUCAGGAGCGGUGGUGGAAAUGGAUCAGCAUUUCUUCCACAUCUGUAUGGUAGGUGUACAUUAUAUUUGUUUUUGUUUUUUUACAUAACCUUAUUAUGUUAUAUACAGUAUAUGUAUGUUUUAUUUUGCCGUUUUGCACUUUGUAUAUGCGCAACAAUGACUGGAGAAUCUCCAGAUUUAGUGGUUUUUAUUUAAAUUUUGUACAAUAUUGUACAUUGCUGUACUUUCCUUUCUUAAGGAGUUGUAAGGGCUCCAACCAAAAGAUUUUUGGUUUUAUUAAGAUCAGUGUGAUGUAAAUACUGUCAGACAUUUGUGAAGUUAACAAUGUUUGGAGAAAAAAAAACUUAAAGUUU